AUGGCGCGAUCUGCGCUGCAAAGUCUCAGACAGCAUUUCAACACCCAAAAUCGUAUUAAAGAAACAACAGGAUAUGGAGGUAAAAUUCAUGCGCUCGGUUGGAAUAAUGUGGGGACAAAGCUUGCCACGGGUUCUUCGGACAAAUCUGUCAAUAUUUACCAAAUGGAUUCCACUCGCUUGAGCAGGCUCCAAACGUUUAGAGGUCAUACAGAUAGUGUUGAUCAAUUGGCUUGGCAUCCAACUGCUAAUGAUAUCGUCGCCACUGUAAGUGCCGAUAGCACUGUACGUCUUUGGGAUUGUCGAUCGAAACGUAUUACAACGGCCCAACUAAAGGGUGAAAAUAUUAACCUCGCAUGGUCUCCAGAUGGAAAUACAAUUGCUGUGGGAAAUAAAAACGAUCUUGCAAACGUGCGCGCAGAUCUUAAAGUCAUCCAAUCGGAACAAUUCAGCUGCGAAAUCAAUGAGUUCUCGUGGAAACCUUCUUUAGAUUUAAUGCUCUUUGCAACCGGAACUGGUGGAGUUAUGGUUUACAGUGGUAAACCUGGAGAAAUGAAGCGCGAAUGUACUCUACCAGCCCAUCCGUCUAAUGCCAUGUGUCUGCAGUUCUCUCCUUCUGGUAGUUAUUUUGCUAUCGGCAGUGCUGAUGCUCUUGUUUCACUUUGGGAUGCAGAUGAAUUCAUCUGUCUUCGAACUCUUGCCAGAUUGGAGUGGCCAGUUAGAGCAAUGGGUUUCUCCUAUGAUAACCAACUUAUCGCUUCGGCCAGUGAAGAUCAUUUUAUCGAUAUUGGCUGCGUUGAAACAGGUGAUCAAGUAUACCGGUUAGGAACUCAAGCAGCGGCUACUUUUGUCCUCGCAUGGCAUCCGAAACACCUUCUGCUUACUUACUCCAGUGAGGCAAAGUAUGAUCGGGAUCAAGGAGUGAUCAGAAUGUUCGGUUUUCCCUCCGAUUCGGAUGGUCGAAAAACCUCAAACCUUCCUGUCCCUAUGGACCUCUCCUAA